GAGCAGGGAGGGGGAGGUAAGGAUGUGGGGAGUAGGAAAGAUAGGAACAUAUAAAAGGAAAUUGCAUGUGCCCAUCCUGUGUUUUUAUUUCGUGUUUUCCACAAGGUCCAUGAAUGCAAAAUGAAGCUAUUUCUCCUAAUCUGCUUGCUGGUUUCCUGCUGUUGCCACGCCGGGGCAGUGAACAGGGAGUACUACAUUGGCAUUACAGAGGGUGUCUGGAACUAUGCACCGGGCAGUGCCAGUGCCAUCUCUGGGCAGCCUUUUGCAGAAGAUGAGCAGGCUGAAGUCUUUCAAAGAGGACCACACAGGAUAGGAAACACUUACAAGAAGGCUAUCUACGUUCAGUAUACUAAUCAUUUAUAUGAUGUGAUAGUUGAAAAACCAUCCUGGCUGGGUUUUUUAGGUCCUAUAAUUAAGGGAGAAGUUGGAGAUUCCAUUACUAUUCACUUGAAAAACUUUGCUUCCAGAAACUACACGCUGCAUCCACAUGGUGUAAGAUACACCAAAGAAAAUGAAGGCGCUUUUUAUCCUGACAACACCAAAGAUUUGCAAAAGCAAGAUGAUGCUGUGGAGCCUGGAGGCCAGUACACUUACACAUGGGAUGUGACAGAAGAUCAAGGUCCAGCUAAAGCAGAUGCAGACUGCAUAACCAGGGCUUACCAUUCCCACAUAGAUGCUCCAAGAGAUGUUGCCUCAGGGCUUGUUGGACCUUUAAUAAUUUGCAGGAAAGAUACAAUGUCUAGGGACACUGAUCAACACUUUGAUGCUGAAUUUAUCCUUAUGUUUUCUGUGGUGGAUGAAAAUCUCAGUUGGUAUCUAGAGGACAAUAUCAGAACAUACUGUUUUGAGCCUUCCAAAGUGGACAAAGAUGAUGAGGACUUCCAGGAAAGCAAUAAAAUGCACUCAAUCAAUGGAUACAUGUAUGGAUACCUCCCAAACCUCACAAUGUGUGUGGAAGAUAAGAUAAAAUGGCAUCUUUUUGGCAUGGGUAAUGAAGCUGAUAUCCAUUCAGCCUACUUCCAUGGGCAGACUUUAAUAGAAAGGCAUCAUCGAGUUGACACCAUCAGCCUCUUCCCAGCCACAUUCGUUGAUGCUGUCAUGGUACCAAGGAGCCCUGGGGAAUGGCUGCUCAGCUGCCAAGUGAAUGACCACAUUGAAGGUGGUAUGCAGGCCCUUUUUAAAGUAGAAGAUUGUAAGAAAUCCACACCAGGUCACAGUGAGAGUACAAAGAUAAGACAGUACUUCCUUGCUGCUGAAGAGAUCAUCUGGAAUUAUGGCCCAUCGGCAGUGAACCAUUUUACAGGACAAGAAUUAAUUGUUGACAGUGAAUCUCACAUCUUUUUUGAACAAAGUGAGACAAGAAUUGGUGGCUCCUACAAAAAAGCAGUUUACAAAGAAUACACAGAUGGUUCUUUCACUGAACAUAAAAAAAGGCUUGCAGAGGAAGCACACCUUGGACUCCUAGGACCUGUGAUCAGGGCUGAAGUGGGUGAGCGCAUCAGGGUGACCUUCCGCAACAACGCCAGCCGCCCGUUCAGCAUCCAGGCGCACGGCGUGAGCGCCCGCAGGAGCGCGGCCGGGGCGCGCUUCGGCACCGCCGCCGCGGGUACCGAAUCUCCGGCCUCUCGUGUGAGCCCCGGCACCACUUUUACAUACGAAUGGGAUGUGCCAGAAGAUGUGGGUCCCACAGAGCAAGACCCAGACUGUUUAACCUGGCUUUAUUACUCAGCUGUGGAUGCAGUCAGAGACACCAGUUCUGGCCUUGUGGGUCCUCUCCUAGUGUGCAGGAAAGGAGCUCUGCUUUCUUCCGGGAAACAGAAAAAUGUGAACAUGGAGUUUUUUCUACUUGCCACAGUAUUUGAUGAGAAUCUGAGCUGGUAUUUGGAUGAUAAUAUUUUUAUGUUUAUACCGAGUCCUGAUAAAAUUGACAAAGAUGAUGAAGAUUUCCAAGAGUCUAACAAAAUGCACUCCAUUAAUGGUUAUAUGUAUGGAAAUCAGCCUGGUCUUGAGAUGUGUAAAGAAAGCAUUGUUUCCUGGCAUUUGAUGGGCUUGGGUUCAGAAGUUGAUGUCCAUGGGAUAUACUUCUGAAAUACAUUUGUAACUAAAGGAACAAGAAGGGAUACAGCAAAUCUGUUUCCACAUACAGUUCUUACAGCUAUUAUGAAGCCUGAUUCUGAAGGAGUUUUUGAAGUGUCCUGCCUGACAGCAGACCACUACACUGGGGGCAUGAAACAGAACUAUAGAGUGAAAAAAUGCCACCGGUGGAAUGUAGAUUUAUCUAUGUAUUUGCAUGAAAAGAUUUACUACAUUGCUGCAGUGGAGGUUGAAUGGGACUAUUCUCCUAACAGGACAUGGGAAUUCGAGCGGCAUCAAUACCAUGAGGAAAGCCCUGGCAAUCCGUUUUUAAAUAAAGAUGACAAAGUCAUUGGCUCAAAGUACAAAAAGGUAGUAUAUCGCGAGUACACUGAUCAGACAUUCAGUACUCCCAAAAACAGAGCAAAGGAGCAGCAGCACCUGGAAAUUCAAGGGCCGCUGCUUGUGUCAAGUACUGGAGAUAAAAUUAUAAUAAUUUUUAAAAACUUAGCAUCAACUUAUUCUAUCCAUGCCCAUGGAGUGAAAACAGACAGUUCUGUUGUUGCUGUAACUAACCCAGGUGAUACAAAAACGUAUGUUUGGAAAAUCCCAGAGAGAUCUAGUCCUGGGAGAGGAGAUUCACAUUGUAUUCCAUGGGCAUACCAUUCAACAGUGGACAUUGUUAAGGACACUUACAGCGGAUUAAUAGGCACACUCAUUGUGUGUCACAGACAUUACCUGCCAUCAUUUCAUACUAAAAAUAAAGUUCAGUUUGCUCUUCUCUUUAUGGUUUUUGAUGAAAAUGAGUCAUGGUACUUGGAUGAAAACAUUAAAACGUAUUCUACCAACCCACACCUUGUUGACAAAGAGGAUGAGGGAUUCCUUGAAAGUAAUAAAAUGCAUGCCAUUAAUGGAAAGGUGUUUGGAAAUUUGCAUGGCCUGACUAUGCAUGUUGGAGAUAAUGUCAGCUGGUAUCUGAUGGGAAUGGGCAAUGAGAUAGACAUUCACACAGUGCACUUCCAUGGCCACAGCUUUGACUACAAGCAAACAGGGGUUUACCGGGCAGAUGUCUUUGAUCUGUUCCCUGGGACAACUCAAACUGUGGAAAUGACCCCACAGAACCCUGGAACCUGGCUGUUACACUGUCACGUUACUGACCACAUCCACGCAGGCAUGGAAACGACCUACACUGUUCUCCCGAAGGAAGAUAAACGGUCUCUGUUCCCAAGAUUAUUCAAUCAGCUCAAGUGUAAAGGCAUGCCAGGCAUUCAAGAAUGAUGAAAGCAUUUUAACACAGUGAUCCUCCAAGGUCUACCUUAAUUUCUUGGAAAAUAUUCUUCUGGACCACUCAUCUCUACACAGUUUGGAAGAUUUCGCACAGUGGCCAUGGCUAAGAAAAGAACCACAGACUAAGAUAGCUGAGCGGAUGUAACAGCUUAUAAAUACAUGUUUCUGUAAAUGAAAAUAGUAUCUUGCAAGUGAAACAUAUUCUAGGUGAUGGCUAAUGCAAGUUAUUUAGCAGCUGAGGAACAUGGAAGAGCUAAUGAAAUGUGUGUUUUUUUAAAGUUUGCAGAUAACCCUGAGUAACAGCAAAAUUUGGGUAUCAGUCAUUAUACUGUCACAUUUUAUUAGUAUGUAUGUAGUAAAUGUUUAGAAAACAGGAAUUUGGUUAUCACUUUAUCCAUAGGUUCACUCUGAAAAGAUAUAUAGUAUUGUAUAAUUGAGCAGUUAACAAAAUAGUUAUAUUAUUUCUGUUGAAUUACUUCACAAUUUUUAUUCUAGUAGUACCUCUCAAGAAUGUGCAUUUAAAAGAUUUGGUUUUCUGUUAUGAAAAUAAUUCCAAGGCAAAAUUAGGCUGAAAUAAGCCUGAUGAAAUGCAGACAGUGAAGGCCAAAAUUUGGUAACUAUGGUACUGAAAAGCUUAGCUCUGACGACUCCAGCAGUGGAAUCAUUUUGCUGCUGCAGCUCUUGGCAAAGGAAAAAGUGUUUCCUGACAGGUGGAAGCAGCAGUGUUAGAACUGAUGCUACUCAAAAUGAAAACAGUAAGAGCGAUAUGGUUGCAUUUCAAUAACACAACUCAUCAUGUUAGAUUCAUGCCAAAUGAGAAGGAAAGAUGUAUGGAACAGGCAAGCAAAGCAAGAUAUCUAGGCUUUAUGCCUGCAAGAAUGAAAUUGCUUCUCUUUAACAAGCCUAAAUUGCUUUCGUCUUUUUUAAAGGUUACACUGAAACUAGCAUAAUACCUAUCAGUAAAUUAGAUAAUUCAUUUUACCUGUAGCAGGAAUGCUAUGUGAGUAAGUUAAAAUACUUUUAUCUUUUUUUUUGUUAAUGUAUUUUAGCUGAAAUAUAGAUGGUGUCUUCUGACUGACUUCAACAGGUUUAAAUGACAUUGCAACUCCACUGAAAACAUUUUUAUAGAGUCACAGUCACCUAAUUAGCCUUUAGAUGGUUUAGAUGGUUAUGGGAUCAUGGGAGUCGCUGUAUUUUUGGUAAUUGUCAAAAACCCCAAACUACAUUCAUAAGGAUGUUAUAAACAUUGUGACAGCUUAUUAUGACUGGAUUCCAGCUCUGAAGGAAGCAGAAGGAGCUCUGAAGGAGCAGAAAGAUGCUUUCUGCUCACAAGACAGACAAACAUCAGUACACACAUGCACAAGUACCUGAGAUGCUUACCAAAAACCCUAGAAGAAAUUCAAGGAAAUGUCUGUGUUGCAGUAUGAAGUCAGUUGGAAUUCCCACUUGGAGGAGUAAGGUAAAAUAACUUUUACUCAUAGAGUCAACACAUGCCUGAGCCUGAAUUCCUCCCUAGGUCAGUGAUCCAAUUAACAAAGAUUUAAAACUGACUUUCUACUUCACUUUCAGUGAACACUGUAUGUUCAGUUUGUACUGCAGAGUCUGUAUUUCCUAGCUGCUUUGGCACCAGAAUUAGCUUCAAAACAGAUGCUUUGCCUCAGGAAACAGCUGUCCUUCAAUAGUUGACACAAGAUGUAUGUGAAGGGAGGCCCUCAGUACCUUAUAAGGAGCUUCUACUGCUUGUUUAAUUUGUUUUUUAUUACAGCACACUGUAGCUGAGCGGGCAGCAGGUCCACAGGUCAUUGUUUUAGGUCAGCAGCUUCCUCUGGCUGCAGUGAAGAAGAAGUGGCAGAAAAAAUGCUGCAGUUCCAUCUCCUGGUAGAAGACUGAGGAAAUCCCUUAGCUCCAGUUCCAUUGCAACAAUUGAUAAAGUUUCUGCUCAGAGCAGAGGAGAAAAUAUUGUUUAGGUGUUUUGAGUUUAGAACAAAAUAAAAAACCCAAAGCAUUAACAAUGUUAAUUGAUUGAAGUCAUCAAAUUAUUUAAAUAUUGCAACUGGAAUGACAUUUGAGACAUAGCCAUUUGUGUGCAAAUACAACUAUGGGAAAUCUAAAAAGGAAACUGAAAUUAUGACUUCUAUGAAAAACAAGCCUCUAUCUUGACACAUCGGGUCUACAUAUGGCACUAACACUAAUGAAGUCUGAUCUAGUAUUUCAUGUUUUGUAUGAAAUGCAAAGCAAGCCCUAGAAAUCUUAUUACUACCCUCACUCAACACUAUCUGUAAAAUUGGAUGCUCUGCAAGAAGCUUCUCAGACCAAGCUGUGUAAUGUUAUGUUCUUGUGCAAUUACAACACAGUUACUACAUGAAAAUAAAUCCAAAGUAAAACUGCUGGCACCAGAAACUAGGGACUUUACAAGAACUGUGCUGCACAAUGCAACCUCACAAUGCUGUUUUUCUCAGGCAUUCCAAUGGCAUACUUUGAACAAUAUAUGUACUUUAUUUAAUAUUCCUAAUUUGUCAAAACAAUCACACUGGCCCCUCAGCUAUACACAGUAUUAUUUAUUUCUUACGAACGUGUAAUGAUUGGACUACAGAACUCCUAGUGUGGAUUUCUCUACUUUUAGUAUUAACAUACUGUUUCUUUAGUCUAUGACCUAAUCAUCACUACACACUUAAGCUUCUCCUGUGUUAUCACUAACAGCCUAUUACCUAA